AUGGCUUCGGGCAUGAAUAUUAUCAAUGCUAAUGCCCUGUGCGUCCUGGUCUUGGUCGCCAUGGCCGCCGGCUCGUGGGCGCAGCAGCAGCUGUCGACGGGGUUCUACUCGGCGUCGUGCCCGGGCGCGCAGGCCGCCGUGAGGUCCGCCGUGGAGUCCGCCAUUGGCAAGGAGACCCGCAUCGGCGCCUCCAUCCUCCAGCUCUUCUUCCACGACUGCUUCGUCCAGGGCUGCGACGGGUCGCUGCUGCUGGACGACACGGCGGGGUUCCAGGGGGAGAAGACGGCGGCGCCCAACAAUGGCUCCGUGCGUGGCUUCGAGGUGGUGGACGACGCCAAGGCCGCCGUCGAGAGGAUCUGCCCCGGCGUCGUCUCGUGCGCCGACGUGCUCGCCCUCGCCGCCAGGGACAGCGUCGUCCUCGUAACUGCGGGUCCGAGCUGGGAGGUGAAGCUGGGGCGGCGGGACUCAACGACGGCGAGCUUCGCCGGCGCCAACGCCAACAUGCCGGCGGCGACGUCGGGGCUCAGAGAACUCACCGACCUGUUCGCCAACCAGGGGCUCUCUCAGAAGGACAUGGUCGCGCUCUCCGGAUCACACACACUAGGCCAGGCGCGCUGCGUGAACUUCGACAUCGACAGCGGCUUCGCAGGGACCCAUCGAUCGAGCUGCUCCUCCAACUCCGUCUCCGGCGACGGCAACAGCCUUGCACCGCUCGACCUCCAAACCCCCCUCGUCUUCGAGAACAACUACUACAAGAACCUCGUCGACAGAAAGGGGCUCCUCCACUCCGACCAAGAGCUCUUCAACGGCGGGGUCACCGACCAGCAGGUCCGGUCCUAUGUCGACAACCAAAGCGUCUUCUUCGCGGACUUCCUGGCGGGCAUGAUCAAGUUGGGAGAUAUCUCGCCGUUGACGGGCACCAAUGGACAGAUCAGGAAGAACUGCAGGAGGAUUAACUAAGUUAGUUAUUAAGCAGAGGUCGUGCCACAUGUGUGUGUCUAGCUAGAUAUAGAUUGCCGCAUGCAUGUAUUGGUGUGUUGCAUCUCGUUUUUCGCCUCCGGA